UGAAAAAAUAAGUAAAAAGCUGAAAAAUAGUCCUGAAAAACCACUUGGCAUAUCUCAUGUAGAACAGAUAAAUAUUACUGAACACAGGAUACUUGCUGGCAUUUUUUCAUAUUCAACUUCAACU